GGCUGUCGCUGCCCGAUGACGCCAGCCCGGAAGCGAGGUGGGGUCCUUCCUCGCGCGCCGCUCGCUCCAAGGUGCCUGCGAGCUCGGCGCCCAGCUGUGCGGAGGGGGCGGCGGGGACGCGUGGGCGAGGCGCGACCGGACCUGCCGCUCUCGGCGCCGGGCAAGAUGAUGGUGGGCAAGACCAGCGCCAUCGCCGCGGGCCUCUGCGGGGCCCUUUUCAUCGGCUACUGCAUCUACUUCGACCGCAAGAGGCGGAGCGACCCUAAUUUCAAGAACCGGCUGCGGGAGCGAAGGAAGAAACAGAAGCUUGCCAAAGAGAGAGCCGGGCUUUCCAAGCUGCCUGAUCUGAAAGAUGCUGAAGCAGUUCAGAAGUUUUUUCUUGAGGAGAUUCAGCUUGGAGAGGAACUACUAGCUCAAGGUGAAUAUGAGAAAGGCGUUGAUCAUUUGACCAAUGCUAUUGCUGUGUGUGGACAGCCGCAGCAGCUAUUGCAAGUUCUACAGCAGACUCUGCCUCCACCAGUGUUUCAAAUGCUUCUAACUAAGCUCCCUACAAUAAGCCAGAGAAUUGUAAGUGCACAGUGCUUGGCUGAAGAUGAUGUUGAAUGAGGUCACACCACAACAGGGGGAAAAAGUGUUUUCUUACCCCAGAAGAUGAGCAUCAGUAGGGGGGAUAAAGGGGCAAACAUGGUAGUUAAAUGGACUGUGUACCACACUGGGUUCUACCAGAGUUAAAAUUAACUUUGUGUAGGUGGGUUUCGCAGGAUUUUAUUUAUUAUCCCAGUGAAAAGUGUAUUUUGAUAAGAAUUCAUUUUAUAAAUACACUGUGUUAUCAAAGUAUCACUAACUUCAUUAUUAUUAAAAUAUGCAGUUGUAAUGUUGUACAUAUAAAGACAUAAAACUACGACCUAUUAAAAACCCAAUGCUCAUUUUUGAAAAAACAAAGUUAUGGCAAUAAAGAUUUAUCUGCA